UUUCCCCCCUGCUCAACUUCCCAGAAUCCACCAGCUCCCGUAUCUCAACAACAAACAAAACAACAGCUUUCACACUUGUCGCUGUCGAGAUUUUCUUUCGCCGAGCUUCCUUCUCACUCCUCUCUUUACUUCUUAUUGUCUUAAUCCUUAAUAUUUCAACCAAUUCGUCACGAUGGCCGCCGCCACACACCAGACAACACAAACAGGACAAGAUGAGGUUACUGACCUCAGCAAGCAAUAUGAUACCCCAAUGGGCCUUGCCCACUCGACGAUGCAGACUCUGAAAGAUCGCAUCAAGCUUCAUUAUGACCUGGCGAGCGACUACUACCUGAACCUAUGGGGAGAGCAUAUUCAUCACGGUUACUGGGCCACAGACGAGGCCAAGGCCAAGGACACCAAGGAAGUUGCUCAGGUCAACCUGAUCCGCCUUCUCCUCGAAGUUUCCAAGGUCUCAGAGGGCGCUCGUGUUCUCGAUACUGGCUGCGGCAUUGGCGGCACCUCGCGCUUCCUCGCCUCUGAGUUGGGAUGUACCGUAACCGGCAUCACCAUCUCUACCAAGCAAGUUGAGAUGGCGACCAGGUUGACCAAGACCGAGGCCGCCAAGCAGAUCCAGGGCGAUGACAAGACCGUCACCCCUGAUGCCGAUGGCUUCAUUGCGCUCGGAAAGGGCAAGGUCAGGUUCAUUGAGCUUGACGCGGAGAAGAUGGGCGAGUAUUUCGCUUCGGACGCCGGCACCUUCGAUGCUGUGUGGAUCAGUGAAGCUUUGAGCCACUUUCCAAACAAGGCUCUUUUCUUCCAGAACGCCUUCAAGGUUCUCAAGCAGGGCGGAAAGUUGGUUCUUGCCGACUGGUUCAAGGGUGAAGGACUUGAUCAAACCCAGUUUGAUAACGACAUCAAACCUAUUGAAGACGGCAUGCUGCUCCCGCCUUUGUGCACUCAGCCCGACUAUGUCAAGUUCGCUACAGAUGCUGGACUGAAGGUCUUCCACGAGCCCAAGGACAUCAGCAAGGAUGUCAGCAAGACAUGGGACAUCUCUUGGUCGCUGGUGCAAAACCCUUCCUUGUGGGCGUUUGCCUUCAGCCAGGGUAGAGACGGCAUUGCCUUCCUGCAAGCCUUCCGUGCGAUGAGGAGAGGCUAUUCCAAUGGCAGCUUCAGAUACGCCGUCAUGUCAUUCCAGAAGUAAAAUUUAAUGACAAAAGCGUAAGGGAGACACUGCCAGUUCAAUGAAUUCCUCUCAGUGAUGUGAUAGCUCGUGAACGCUGCUGUCUCUGUUGUUGCUGUUGUCUGGCAGAUGACUGGCGAUAAGCACAACCUCAUCCUCAGAGUGCUCUGCCGGGACCCUGACUCUUCUUGGUACCUACUCGCAUCGGUAGGUCCGUAUCUUCCACAAGCCAUUGAACUCGUUGCUGCACCAUCUUGAAGACGCCGCCAUGUGGUUUUCACAAACCAUCAAUGCUGGUAGAAUUGUAGAUAUAAGUGACGAAUAGCACCCCUGCCCCUGCUGUCGCUAGAGAGCAAAGCUACCCCACCUCAAUUGACAUCUCCC